CCAGAUGCACAGAGAGGUGAUGUACGCCAGCAGAGAUGGCCAGCACCCCCCAAUGCGACAGCUCUCCAUGGGCCCCCCUCCACACCACCCCAUGCAGGGCUCCCUGUCCCCACCCACGGCCCACUCCAUGCCCCCCUCACCCUCACGGAUCCCCUACGGCCCGCGCCUGGGAUCCAUGCCCGGCAAUGCCACCAUGCCCCGGGAGCGCAUCGCCAACGCCACCCCUCCUGCGCGAUCCGUGUCCCCCUGCCCCAGCGCCAUCCUGGAGAGGCGGGACGUCAAGCCCGACGAGGACCUGGGUGCUAUGAGUCCCAGCCUGGUGAGGGGCGGAGAGGGGCUGUACACUGACCCAUACUUGCUCCUCAACGAGGGUAGGAUGGGCCACGGUCCUGCCCAUGGAGGGCACCCUCCUCCUGGGGACAUGGUGGACCACGGCAGCCUGGCCGGAUACCACCGCGCCUCCAUCCGCUCCACGAGUGCCUACAGCGGGCACAGCCCCACCGAGGCCAUGGAGCAGCCUUCACUCUACCGCCAGAAGUCCAGGAAGUACGGAGACAGCCAGCUGCCUACGCUGGGCUCCAAGACCCCACCCCCCUCACCCCACAGGAUGGCAGAGGUGAGGAUGAUUGACAUCCACGGGGCGCCGCCCCCUCCCAGCGGCAUUCCCCUGGAGUGCUCCUCGCCCGUUCGCCAUUCCUUCAGGAAGGAUGAAGUGGUGAAAAGCAGAAGCAACGUGGCGUCUCCAGUUGUCCCGGACAUCCAGGGUCAUGGCCCUAUCCCGCCAGCCAACGAUCCCCAGACACGGUAAGCCAACCCGGGGGACCUGAGGUGGGACUGGUGGGGUGGGUUGCUCAGUGAAAGGGUAUGAUACUGCAUGAGGGCAUAGAUGAACUAACACUGCAUCCUUGCACCACCCUAACAGUAACCGUGGGCUGCUCUGUUUUAAUCUUAGCUCAGACUGUUUCUCCUCAUCACCACUGCAGGGCAGAGACGUCUCCCCUGUCACACACACACACACACACACACACACACACUGCGUGUCUGGUCCGCCCUGUCAAGGUCAUCACAUUUAGCACAGUGGGCUAUAACACUAUUAUGGUUAUGAAUAUUCUUAUUGUCUUUUAUCUAGAUCAAUUAGGGUUGUGUGUGUGACCAGCUCUAUUUAUAUGAAUAGCUUAUUCCUAAUCCUAAAACCUUGGAGUGAGGAGUUGAAGAGAGUUGGUUUACUCAGUGCUACAUAGUUGACACUGUAAACCAAGCCACUGCAGUAAUGGAAUAGCACUUCAAGCCUCCUAUUCAGACUGUAUAUCAAUAACUCUCUGUCUGCAUGCCCGUGUAGAUCGACUAUUAGCCCUGCACUCCGGCAGUCAUUUCUGCGGCUAUUUCAACUUGGCUUGUUCUGUUUCACUGAAGGACAGAACACACAAACACAGGAGAGGGCAUGAGGGACAUACUCCAGCCAUACAGUCAUAUGUGUUUUGAUUGGAAUGCGUUAGACCGGAUGGCUAUGGGGGUGAGGGGGCUAUGUGUGUACUGCUCAGGAAAACCAAAGCAAAUAUUGACCAGGUUGGUUGGAUAAGACCUGGGCUUUCUGAGAGCCGAUUCAGGGGGAACAGAUCAUUAGGACCACCUGCAUGGCACAAACACCAUGGCUGUGUCCCAAAUGGUACCCUAUUCCGUUUAUAGUGCACUACUUUUGACCAGGGCCCGCAUAGGCAGCUAGCCUUGUGGUUAAGAGCGUUGGGCCAGUAACCAAAAGGUCACUGGUUUGAAUCCCCAAGCUGACUAGGUGAAAAAUCUGUCAAUGUUCACUUGAGCAAGGCACGUAACCCCAAAACAGGGUAGUUUCGUUCACUUACUUUAUACUCUAUAACUACGGAGUGGCCUUCAAGCAUGAGUUGUACUUACAGACCAUUCCGUAUAGGCACGGUGCUCUAUAAUGGCUAUAUAGGUACAAUAAACUUUUAUAUCUUAGGCUUUGCAUUUCAGUGCCCUGGGAGACAUAGCUAAGUGUCUGUUUCUCUACAGUACAAUGUCUGGGCGCAGUAUACAGCACGAUCUGGAUCACAGUCAUUUCUCUUGUCCUCAUCUAGCCCCAUCCAGCUCCCUUCCCCUCCCCUCACAAGCCAUUAGAUAUGUGAUGACAUGUGAAAAGACAGUGCUCCUCUAUGUCUGAGCCUCACUGGUCACCAAGCAAUCACCAAGCCUAAGGAUCCCUAUUCACCCCCUGUGCUUGGUUUUCUUCACAUUGCCGGUCCGGCCAGAGUAAUAUGAGAAUUGAUGAGUUUGUCUCCUCUUUCUCGUCCAGGCGCCAGCCACCAGUGACACAGUCUAUUGUUUUAUCCACAAUGUGCCCACUAAGGUCCAACUCAUCUCAACUCAUCUCAACCUCUGGGCUAAAUCUACUAGACAGCCCUGUCUUGUUUUCAGAAAUUCAGACUAGCCCACUCUUGUUUUUCUAGACUAUUCCAGGCAGACUCCGGGAGGGCAAAACAGCCAUUCUGAAGUGGUUGAAUUUAUUAGACCAUGUAAGCUGGGAUAUAAAGUUUAUUUUUGCCUGAAUAGAGCCUUCACUACCUUCCUACCUACCACUUCACGGUAGUUUGACAGCUUGGAACUCUUACUUUUGGCCAGAUAUUGCUUUAAAUGUGUAUUUAACUGUUGUUUAUAUAGCAGAAACCCAUCUAUUUGACAAAUCAAUUAAGUAUUUAUAAAAGUAUUCAUAAAAUGUUCUAAGAUAGAAAAUAAAUUAUACUUCUAUUCUCAAUAUCCAGUACAUGACUUACUCCUUAUGUUUUUUAUUUUAUAUCGCUAAUUUGAUCUCUAAGCAACAAAAUCUAGCAUGGAAACAAUGCAGGUAGUAUUUAGGAAGUAACUCCUAACUUAAAAAGUACUUCUAACUUAAAUGUCAUAAUGCCACCUCCUAGUAUGCCCCAUUUUUAAAAGCUUGAUUUUCUGAUGUUUCCUGCAGAGAGCGAAUGAAGGCUAUGGAGCAACAGAUUGCCAGCUUGACUGGUCUUGUUCAGCAUGCACUUUUAAAGUCCCCAAACACUAGUGGCACCAACGAGGCUCUCAGGUAAGCGAGAAGAUGAAGAAGUGAGGCAGCUUGGGACAUUGAGUUCUCCGAGAUAAGCCCAGGCUGCCCCAGCCAAAGUGGAAAAAGACAAUAGCAGAUAAACUAGCUCUCACUUUUAGCCAUCUGAUCCAGUUUAGGUAAACGGAACAUUGUCAGGGGGAAAUAGGGUGGACAAGGGGUCUGAUAUUAUCUCAAUUUAUUCUCCAAAAUGGCUGCCUCUAUUGGUUGAUCUGGCUGAAGUUUACCUUUGCAUUUCAACCUACUCUGUGGAGAUCUUGUGCUAACUGUGUUUGCUUGAGUUUACAAUUAACAAUAUCAAUGAAAGCACGAUGACUGGAAUGAAAAUGGGAAUGACUUACUAUGGGAACAGACUGCUCCUAACAGCCAUCAUGUUAACCUGUCCGUCUAUGUCAGUCUGUCCAACCAUACUGUAUGGCUGUCUGUACGUCUAUAAUGCUUUUACUAAUAUGUAUGAACCCUAACUCAAGGACAGUGCCCAAGGUUUUGUAUUCAGUCUCUUAUACCGUAAUUAAUGGGUCGUAAUGUCUCUUUCUCCCCUUUCCUGUCUGUGUGUCUGUCUCUGUGUGUGUGUGUGUGUGUGUGUGUGUGUGUGUGUGUGUGUGUGUGUGUGUGUGUGUGUGUGUGUGUGUGUGUGUGUGUGUGUGUGUGUGUGUGUGUGUGUGUGUGUAGCGAACGACCCAUGAAGACAUCAAGACAAGCGUCUCCGGUUCAUAGUGCACACAGUUCAGGUCAGGACCACUAUUACCCUUCUGCAUGUAUCACAUCAUGAUCUGCAUCCCUAUGUGGUGCCCUAUUCCCUAAAUAGUGCACUACUUUUGACUAGAGCCCCCCCCCCCCCCCCGUGGGUUUCCCUAUGGGGCCUGGUAAAAAAUGGUGCACUAUAUAGGGAAUAGGGUGCCAUUUGGGAUGUACCCAUGAUCUACUUCACGAUACAGUUUUCUGUUGCAUAUCCAUGUUUCCCCCAUGAUGCAUUCCACAGACAAGUCUCUCAUGUUAAUGUGUGUCAGUCAGUCAGUCAGGCUACUUUAUUCUGCGCCAACUCAUAUUCCCCUCAAAUCCUCUCUUCUCAUACAAAAGCAACAAACCUAAUAUGUGCUGCUGAAAAACAAGAGAGAUGUAUUAUUUCUUGAUCCCCGCCAAGAUGAUUCAAUCUCGUCUAGCUAACGGUCAGCAGAUGUGGGUUCGAUAAAAGAAAUGCAAUCUCGAGGGUGGCGGAACGAAAACAGAGCGGUAUUUAUGUGUCGGCUGCUGAACCAGUUCCUCACAUCUUAGCGAUACACUUCUUCUUCUUUUUCUUCUUACUCCACGCUGAUACAAUCUGCUGUCACGUUGUGUGUGAGUGAAUUUAAAUCUCUACAACAUCAAAAAGACUGUUCAUGUCUCACAGGAUUUCCCUUCGUUUAUCGUUCCCCCGCUUCAAAUACAUGAAGAAUUUACAUAUUUCUCUUGAUUCUUCAAAGACGGCCCUGUUGUUACUUCAUAAUCUCCAUCACAAAAACAUGCUCUGUCUCCAAACAGUGCAUGCAUUCUAAAUGGCACCCUAUUCCCUAUAUAGUGCCCUACUUUUGACCAGAGGCCUGGUCAAAAGUAGUGCACUAUAAAGGGGAUACGGUGCCAUUUGGUACGCAGACAGUGAAACACAGGAACUGCUCUCUUCCGAACCUGCACUUCAGGUCUAUGCCGCUGUCAUCCACUUUGAGAGGACUGUGGUGAAUGUUGGAGGGGGAUUACACAGUGACAAUAGCAGUGUGUUCUUUAGCCCCACAGCAGGGCUGUACUAUGGUUGUAUCCCAAAUGGCACCCUAUUCCCUUUAUAGUGCACUACUUUUGAUGGGCCAUGUCAGAAGUACUGCACUAUAUAGGGAAUAGGGUAACAUUUGGGAUGCAGAUCAACUCUGUUUGGAGGGAGCUUAGAGUGCUCUCUCUCUCUCUCUCUCUCUCUCUCUCUCUCUCUCUCUCUCUCUCUCUCUCUCUCUCUCUCUCGCUCUCUCGCUCUCUCGCUCUCUCUCUCUCUCGCUCUCUCUCGCUCUCUCAUUCACUCAGAACAUUCCACUCUUUUCAUUGAUCUGACACUGGACAGGGACUUUUUCACUUUCGCUAAGGGACUUUAGUGGCUUACAACGCAGCAAUGGAACUUAAAGUGCCACUCCCACAUCUUCGACAUCUGAUCUGUCAGUGUUCAAAGGUCAUACUACUACACUUUGAAUGUGAGGAACAGCUUAAUUUAAUUCAACUUGAGUUACUGUCAAUGCAGGCUGCAGAGGGCAUAGCAUGUUAAAAGUCAUUCUCUUGUCAGUCUGACAGUCUCCAAGGUCAGAGGACAUGACGUCUGGCGGUUGUUUUCGACGGCGGUCGAAUCCGUCUCCUGUCUCCCAUUCCUCACAGUGAUUGAAAUGGUCUGUGUCCCAAAUGACUCUCUAUUCCCAAUACAAUGCACUCUUUUUUUUACCAGAGCCCAAUAGUUCCUGGUCAAAAGUAAUGCACUACAUAGGGAAUAGGCUGCCAUUUGGGAUGCAGACAUGGUGAGGUUGGCGGUCGGCCGUGUGCUUCUGUGGGCAGACACCACAGGCCCUUAUUACUAAACAUUCUAAAUAUUAAAUCAGGAACCAACGCGGGCGUCGGGAAUGUGUUCGGAGACGUGUGAGGCGAGCUCUAGCCAGGCCAAUGAAUCACAGAGGCUACAUUUCAAAUGACACCCUAUUCCCUAUAUAGUGCACUACCUUUGACCAGGGCCCCUAUGUAUUACCUGCUUCCCUAUGGGCCCUGGUCAAAAGUAGUGCACUACAUAGGGAAUAGGGUGGUUUUUAGGACAUAGACAGACAUAAGGCAGAAGGUGAAAAGGAGAGAAAACAUUACUCCAUGACUCCCUCCAUUCAAUUGCAGAGGAGGAGAGCAAUGACAUGUUAACUUUUUACGUGCCUGUGCACUUUUGACUGUGUGGUAUUUCCUUUGCAGUUAAUGAGGGAGUAGUAUAUUGCCUGCUUCCUCCAAAAUCUGCAGUGUUGCUCAAGUUUCCGUCACAUUGUGGAAGAGAUUUGUGUACUUGUAGAUGCAUACAGCAUAGCCUACAUUAUGAAUAAUUCAAUGAUAUGGAUUUAGAUGCAUUUUCACAUACCCGGUUAUUGUUUUGAUUCCAUUGUUCUAAAUCAGUUUUCAUAAAGCUGGAUAGAGGGCUCAUCUUUAUGGAAAGUGAGCUGUCUAUCCAACUCUGUUUUCUUUGGAGUUUUGUUUUCACCGUUGUAGAACUGACUAGCUUGUAGGGGUUUUAAAUGUGGUUAUUUGAUUUGAUUUCAUUCAGGAGGUUCCCCUAUCCUAGCACCCAAAAGUGCCGCGCCCCCCUCUGAGAUUGGCUCCACCCCUGCACUACCAGGCUCUGCCCCCUUUCAGGCCAACCUGUUCCAGUUCAAGAAGAAUGUCUCUGACCUCCGGCUGCAGCUCCAUCAGAUGAGACAGCUGCAGGUAACACCCCUGAUGCUCUAUCUAGGAGUGGGAUUAAGUUUCUCCAAGAUGCUGAUCUUGGGUCCGUUUUGCAUUUUCCCCACUAAAGGAAAAGGUUAGGAUUGGGAUAGGGGAAGCUGAUCCUAGAUCUGUACCUUGGGGAAACUUCACUGCGGAGCCCCUAUCUACUGUUAUUGGCUAUCAAUUUGAUAUCAGCUGUAAAUCAUUGCUUUUCAGCCAUUCAACUACUUUCUAUCAGCUACCGUUCCACCCCCUCUCUCUGGAUUGGUUAAGAAACAGAACUCUUUCUUUCUCAUUAAUCAAUGGAAGGGAAUUAUGCCACCAGAUACAAUCAAAGAAUGGUGUUCGCUCCUUGAGAUAUUCAUGCUUGUGUGUGUGUGUGUGUGUACGUGUUCAUGCAUGUGUGUGUAUAUUCAUGUGUGUGUGUGUGUGUGUGUGUAUGUAUGUGUGUGUGUGUUACCUAGCUCCAGAACCAAGAGGCUCUACGUGUGCAGCUGAAGCGGGCUGAGCAGGAGAUCAGCGUAAAGCUGGUGGAGGCCAUGAAACGUCUGGAAGACCCGAUUCAGAGACAGAGAGCCCUGGUGGAGGAGGACAGACACAAGUACCUGGGCCUGGAGGAGAGGGUGUUCAACCAGCUAGGGUAAGAGGGAAAGGGAGGGGCAACAACAACACAACAACCAUUCCAUCCACUAGAACCCCAUUUCCUGACUACCACAUGACAGCUUUAGAAUUUGUCCUGGGUUAUAUUAAGUAGUGCAGAUUGUAUACUCAACAAAAAAAAGUGCUUGUUAGUACAAAACAUUUCAUGUUGUCGCUGUAGAACCCAAAGGGGUUUGAAUUUGUGUUUUGCCCUAGCACUUUACAGCUAAUUCAAAGUAUCAACUCAUCAUCAAGCUUUGAUGAUUUGAAUCAGGUGUGUAGUGCUAAGGCAAAAACAAAAAUGUGCACCACUUUGGGUCCCCAGGAUCAGGAUGAGAACCACUGCUGUAGGGGAACCCUUUUUUUGGAUGUGGAGAACCUUUUUAUAUUGGUUAUUUGAAUAACCCUUUGUAUAACCAUUUGUAUGGUUCUUCGUUACACUGUUCCAAUCAGAGGGUUUUUCAUUACAUUGUAAAAAUUGUCCCGGCUACUGGUUGCAGUGAAAAUUGGGUAAAUAUACAAAAGUGACUGUAUUUUUAGAGCUGGACUAUCACGCCCUGGCUCUGGGGACUCUUAAAUGUUGAGCCAGGGUGUGGACUUGUUAUGUUUAGUUUUCUAUGGGUUUUGUUCUAGAUCGUUUAUUUCUAUGUUGGCCAGGGUGGUUCCCAAUCAGAGACAGCUGUAGCUCGUUGUCUCUGAUUGGGGACCAUACUUAGGCAGCCUGUGUUCACAAGUUUAUUGUGGGAUCUUGUUCCGUAAGGUUUUGUGUUGUAACCUAGGACUUCACGUAUCGUUGGUUUGUUGUUUUGGUUUGUGUGGUGUACUAUAAAUAAAGAAUGUACGCUUAUCACGCUGCGCCUUGGUCCGCUUCAUCUCAUAACGAUCGUGACAUGGACUAAGGUAUUAUUGAUGUAAGGGACAGUAUGCUGCUGUAUUCUGAUUACUUAGGAGUCAACCUUACUUGAGAUUUGGACUAUUCUUUACAGUAAUGUAAUGUUAAAGCAAAGUUUCUUUGAAAUGUACAGUAACAUACUGUUUUUUUUUGUGUUUUUUUACAGUAACUUACAGGUAACUAGCUGCCAGUAAAUUACUGGGUUUUACAGUGUAGUGAAUACGACCCAGGUGUUAUUGGCAACUGCAAGUACACACCCUCCAAAUUGCCAACAGGUUUGAAUAGGCAUGCCAUGUCUGUCUCUCAUUGGAGCCCAGCAGUCACUGAACAAUAAGACCAGACAGCUUAGGCAGGCAAUUAUUCACAGCAUACUCUUAAUUUAAUUCACUCAUCGCGGCUUGCCAAUUGGGAACAUUCAUUUAAUCCUUUUUAAUGUUGAUGUUUAACAGGCAAGGUCAAUGCUGCCUGGGUAGACAGUGGUAAACAUAUACCCUGAUAUACAUCACAAUAGGAGCAUUGCCUGAACAUUGGUCUUCUGGGGAAUCAGACAUGCGCAGGGCGUUGGGCGCUGGAUUCAGCUCAGUGUUUUCCUUGGUGCUUUGCCAGGUCUUACUCAGCAAAGGCCUGCAGUAGUGUUUUAAAUAAGGCUGGGUAAUGAGCUCUGUUUGGCUGAGGGGGGGGUGUGGCGUGAAAAAUCACAGCCUUCUUCUCCGGAGAGAAAACCCAAUUUAACAUGACCUGGGAGAGUGUGAGUCUGGGACUUUGGGAAGAAAUGAGGCGACAAACGACCAAGGUUCAAAUAGGACUGUUUAUCAUUGUUAGCACUACUGUAGCAAGGCCCUUUAAAUCCAAAGGUCUACGCCAUAGGGCGGUUCGGGCAAAAGCCAGAUGUGCUGGUCCAUUUUUAGCCCACUGGGCCGGUCUCAAGUGGGGAUUUUGUAUAGAAUGAUCAUUAUUUGGUUAAUAAAGGGGGCCUCAAGGGGGGAAAUUGUCCUGUUUGGGUGGCCCAUUGUGUGUGUGUGUGUGUGUGUGUGUGGGGGGGGUAUUUCUGGUCCCAGUCCGUCCCUGGUCAUUACUAUUUAUUUCCAGUCAGUUCUGAUCACCAGUCAUCAUGAGCCUGCCAAGGAGCCUAGAUCUGAACCAGCUGUCAGCACUCAGCCAGUGAUCCUACUACCCUUGAGCAAUAGAGAAAGAUGAGAGAGAGUUGAGUGCCCAUUAAGCCUUCUCAAAUAGAUGAUCCCUGGGAUAUCUUGCAUGUUUGUCUAGCCAUCUUUAGAAGUGGAUUUUAAUGCAGCAACAUUUCAUAGACUCACAUUAUAGACAUUACUUUCUAAAGUCCUGUAUAGUUCUUUUAAGAAGAAAGAGAUGCUUUUUACCCGCCGGCUCUUCUGUUGAAUUUUCACAUAGUCAUCAUCAAGAGGCCUUCACAUAAGAGGAACUCCCUUUUGAGAGCAGCUGUACAAAAAAACGUACUCUUCUCAAGGGAAUCUAGUCCCAAAGAAUCUAAAUGUUUUGUCCUCAUGAAGUUCAGAACGGCACACAAUGCUAUCAUCUACCCAGCACAUUUCCCCUUGGAGUUGACUGCUCAGAAUACAGAGUAUAGUGUUAUCAAAACUAUAGGGAUCCUAUGUAAGGAAGUGGUCACACAAAUAAGCCCAGAUUCCAUGUGUACACAGUUGAGGUUUUGGGAAGUAACCCAAUCCAGUCAGAGCGGACUCACAUAGAGGAAGUGCAGUGUGGUCUGACUGAGAAAGGCAACUUUGGUCAUUAAGGUUGAAGGGCCGACUACCCUACAGCCCAGAUGGUUUUUAGAAUAUGAACAUUGUUUGAUUUGAUCUGUUUUUUAGAUUCAUGCCCUGUCACCUUUCAGUUGUCAUUCAGUUAGCUCAGGCUAGAGCUUGCUGUGUGCCAAUAAGGUUAAAUGAGUAUAGUCUGCCCUCUAGUGUUGGUGUGUAGUCAAUGUUUCAGGUGACACUUCAAGCACACAAUCUCAAGUCUAUUAUAGUGAUCUGUUAGCAUCACCAGUGUGUCAGGUAUUUGAUGGUGCCAUCAUAUUUCAUUUGGUAGCUGUGGAGAUGAAAUUAGGAUAAUGAUUGAUCUGGCUUUUCCAGAUGCUCAAAGCGCUUACAUAGUAAGAGGGAAACUCGGCUCAUCCAUUUACAUUUCCGUCAUUUAGCAGACGCUCUUAUCCAGAGCGACUUACAGUUAGUGCAUACAUUAUUCUUUUUUAUUUUCAUACUGGCCCCCCGUGGGAAUCGAACCCACAACCCUGGCGUUGCAAACACCAUGCUCUACCAACUAAGCUACCUCCCUGCUGGCCAUUCCCUCCCCUACCCUGGACAACGCUGGGCCAAUUGUGCGCCGCCCCAUUGGUCUCCCGGUUGCGGCCAGCUACAGCAGAGCCUGGAUUCGAACCAGGAUCUCUAGUGGCACAGCUAGCACUGCGAUGCAGUGCCUUAGACCACUGCGCCACUCGGGAGACUACCAAUGUGUGGCACCCACUUGGGUGAUGCACUGCAACCAGUUGUGCCACAAACCUCACCACACAUCAGCUAGCAUAGUGGAGAGGUGAGGAGUGAUAUACCAAUUAGGAGUGGUGUUUUGAAUGUCCUCUCUCUCUCUCUCUCUCUCUCUCUCUCUCUCUCUCUCUCUCUCUCUCUCUCUCUCUCUCUCUCUCUCUCUCUCUGUGUGUAGGGAACUGGAGCAUUAUGUGGACACUCUGAAGAGGGAGACCAGCUCAGCGGGGGCUCAUAGAGCUGUGACACUGAAGCAUGUGGAGGAGGGGGCUGUUAGCCUCAGGAGAGUGGGAGAAUCUCUGGCAGGACUCAAAGGUAAUACUGCAGUACAGUGUAGCCUACUUUAAAAAUACACAUACAAUAUCUUAGAUUAUGUGCAUUGACAUGGAUUCCAUAGGUUUCCAUGUGCUAUGGUUUUCAGUUACAGGUAAAGUAAUAAGUAAGAUAAUAUAAUUUUUAACUGAAUAACAAUGCUACAACUAGAAAAAGGUUUUAUGUCCCCUGAAAAAAUAUGCUUAAAAAAAUUAUGUUGAAUAGCAGUUGUGUUCUGCUAAUGCAGCAUAUUAAUAAAGUUGCCCUCCAAUGAAGGGUGGUGGAUAAUGUUUUUAAAUGAUUUUCAAGUAUAUAUUUUUUAACAUGUUUUCUCAGGGGAGUUCCCGGCACUGCAGACCAGGAUGCGUUCAGUGCUGAGGGUGGAGGUGGAGGCGGUUAAGUUCCUCAAGGAGGAGCCCCACAAACUGGACAGCAUGCUGAAGAGAGUCAAAAGCCUCACAGAGACACUCAGCGGCCUGAGGAGGUACAGGAACCAGGGAGGGACGGAGGGAGGGAGGGAGGGAGGUAGGGGGGCGUUCCGAUUCUCUACCCUUCACCUGAAGUGUGCACUUGUUCACUCCCGCUCAUGCAUUUAAAAGCAUUGUACUGGUGCAAGCAUGGCUGGGGGGAGUUUUCUUCAUCAUAUUCGUCACACCAGUCCAUUCUUUUUAAAUCCAUGAGGAGGAGUGUACACUUCGAAAAGAAGGGUAGAGAAUCUGAAUGUAGCCAGAGACUUUGGAUGAAAACAGAACAAUCAAAUAAAGAUAAAAGUAAAUAAAGUGAAUUCAAGUGAAAAUAAAUAAAUACUCGGUGGCCGGAAGCCAUGGAGUGAUGGGUCAUCAUCACUUUUACCCAGGGCGCACCACACUGCACCACGCGGCCAAACUCAUCUACAUUACCUCGUCCCCUCAGUGCGCUUCUCUCCCCGCACGUCAGAGAUGAUUACGCUCCCGUUGGUGUUGGAUUUGGGCCAAAUAUUUAUUUGUAUUUUCAGGCUACACAAGUUUAUAGUAUUUUCAGGCUACACAAGCCAGGGCAGUAGAAUAGUUCUAUCAAACUCCAAAGUUCUAUAUGUACUGUUCUGUGUUAUGAGGUUAGGAGAUUUUAAGCGUUCAUUCAUGGCAGCAUGGCAUUUGUCAUCAUAGGUAAGUUUUACCUUAGUGGGAUACCAAUUGUUGCAGUUUGGAUUAACUGGUGUUUGGCUGUUUGUGUUCAGUAUACUUUCCCAAACUUUCCCCAAAUUCUGGAGAAAAAAUCCACUUGGAAUUUUUCUAAAAUCCUGGUUGGAAUAUUCUAGGAGGGAACACAAAAUCCUGAGAAUUUUGGUAAAUUAACCUGAGUUUUGCAACCCUAAUAUUACGUUUAUCCUGCCCUCUCUGCCUACAGAUGUGCUACAACCCCAGUAGAGAGCAGCCCAGCCACCACCGACCAACCAGCGGAGCCUCCAGCCUCCCCCUCGGCCCUGCCCGAGCCCCAGAGCUCCUCCCUCAGGUCCGAGGUGGUCAUGCCCUCCUCCCUCAUGGUCAUCCACCAUGUCCAGAGCGCUCCGGUCCACAUUCAGCAGUCCCAGCAGUCUGCAGCCCUGCUGGUCCAGCCCAGUUCCCCGACAACCCCCACCCACAGCCAGGGCCGGGACUCCCCCAGCUCAGCCAAGGGCUCCACAGGCACUGCCUCGGCCUCCAACUCCAACCCCUCCAGCCAGGGGGGAAGCCCUGCUCAGCAGAAGAAGACCCCUGCUGCUGCUACUGCUGCUGUCAACCAAGAGCUGCCAACCCAGGCUCCGGUCAAUAACGGCAGCAAUGGGACAGGGGACCACUUCAUCGAGGAGAUGAGCAGAAAGAGCAAAAACAGGGCCAUGUCUAUAGAGGUAAGCCCUAUGGAAGUCAUAGUGCUCUCCAGUCCUCAGUCUAUGAUCUAUGACAUCUCAUAUCAGAUUUCCCCUAAGGGUUAUUGAAGGCACUGUCUGUUUCUCUUCCCUCCACUGCUCUCUCUCUCUCUCUCUCUCUCUCUCUCUCUCUCUCUCUCUCUCUCUCUCUCUCUCUGUCAAUCCUCUCUCUCAAUCCUCUCUCUCUCUCGCCGUCCACAGGCGGCAGAGAAGGAGUGGGAGGAGCGGAGGCAGAACAUGGGCCACUAUGAUGGGAGGAAGUUUGAGAGGAUCCUGAAUGAGGCCCAGGCCAACAUGAUGAAGAGCAUCCCCUGUCUGGAGGUGUCGAGCGAGGGGGAGGCCUCUACAGUGGCCCCUGCUGCCCUGGAGGACCAAGUGGAUUCCCCCAAGCCUGUGGAGCCAACCCUUGGUAGGAAGGGGUCUUUUAUAAAGCUACCUGACACACUCAACAUAUUCCACUAAUAUAAAACUACUUUUGGACAUCUUUUUGUAAGCAAGAACAUAAUUUCAGCCCUUAUUGUUGACCUUAUGUGUGUGUUUGUCUAUUACAGAAGAGGCUCAGCCUGAGCCCAGCUCAGAGAAACCAGCCAUAGCCAAGCCUGCUGGUCCUGAGAAACUCCCCAAGCCGGUGCUAGAGAAGCCUACCACCACCACCACCAAGCCCACCACCCCUUCAGACAAAGUGGGCAAAGUCAGCUUGGAGAAGGCCAACAAGUCACCUCCCCCUCCCCCGCCCAGAAAGAUCUUUCCCACCUCCAGCUCUGGAAUGACCACCACUCGGUCUGGAGAGGUGGUCUACACCUGCAGGAAGGAGUCUGCCUCGGAACAGGUCAGUCUGCCAUGUAGUCUAGCUAUAGGCUAGUCAGCGGUCAACUAGCUCUGGUCCAGGGCAUUACGUGCGGCUUGCUAACACUGAGCCUUCAGCAUCAGCAAGCCACACGUAACGUUCUGGACCAGAGCUAGUUGUAAACCACAGACAUGGCUUCUACUUGUGUGGUCCAGACCUGAUCUAUAAACGACAUGGGGAGAGGGGAUGAAGUUUAAGGCCAGUUUAUCAAGCAAUUUGAAGGCAAUAUCAUUUAUAUACCUUGGAAUGGCCAUGUUGAUCUGUUGAUCUGACUCUUGUGGUAAAAAAUAGUGAUGCUAGUAUUUGAGUCAUAUUAAAUGCAUUAACCUGCUCCUCCAUUCCCAUCUAAACCAGGAGGGAGAGGAGGCUGAGGUCCCAGUCCCAGCUGCCCAGCGCAAACCCACCAAGGUCCCCCCAGAGACCAAUCCCUCCACCCCUCCCCCCGUUGCUGCCUCAGCCAUCCACGAAGAGGAGGAGGAGGAGGGAGACAAAAUCAUGGCAGAGCUCCAGGUGAGACGCAUACAUCCAACAGCUGCUGUACAUUUACCACCACACACAUACUUCAUACUAUACUAUACUAUACCAUACUAUAUCGAUCACAUAGAGCCACCGGGAAACACAUCCACAUCCAGACUAAUGACGGUUGUAUCUCUCCUUCACUGUGGGAGUGGGUCCUCUAUCCCUUCCUUUCCUGGUGGUUGGGCUACCGUCACUUGGCAGAGGAUGGACGCAGUCCUUUACAAAACCAGAAUUAGCCAUGCUCUUACCCCUAGAAAGUUGAACCAUUCGGCCACCACAGCACUAGGUUGAUAGUAUACGAGUAGUAUCAACUACUGUAGGUGUUUCUAAUAAACUAUCACCUCACAUAUGGUAGGUACAGUAUAGGUAGGCUCUAACCCUCAGGGCCCUAAACCCUAAUCCCCUUACAUAUCUUCACUCCCCAGGUGUUCCAGAAGUGCACAGUUAAGGAUGUAGAGGUGAGAAGUAGUGUGCUAGAGACACACCCUACUCGAGUUGAGCCCCAGAUCAGAGAGCUAAGACCCGGGGCCUUAUUGCCCCUCAAAGAGAAAAAGGUAAAGGACGUGGUGCCGUUUAGCCGUUUAGCCGUCCGCCUAACUGCCUGCUUCUGCCAACUGCGUGACGCCAGCUAACGAUCGAUGGCUGUACCUUAACCUCCUCUGUGCCUUUCACACCUCCCUGCUUCUGCCUCAGUGAAGAGAUCUGUACUGUAACAACUCCACUACCCAAAAUCCCUUCUGAUUCUGACUUAUUCUCUUUUUCCCUUUUUGAUUUCAAUGGAACUCAUGGCUUGGACUUGUUUUUCUCUGAUUAAGUCUGCAGAAAAUGUCUGGAAAAGUGUAUUGUGUGUAUCCAACAAAUUAAUGGUGUCUUGUUGCUACUGAUAUUUGAUUGCAUUAUGUUUGUCUUGAUUGAACCAAUCAAUAAACUAAUCCUUUAUCUUGAAUCCAGACCUAAUCGAAUGGUCUUGUCUGUUUCUUUGGAAUAACUGCCCUUUAUUCAAAUAGUCAUUUGCUUAUAGACUUUGCUCUGUAGCUCAGCUGGUAGAGCACGGCGCUUGUAACGCCAAGGUAGUGGGUUCGAUCCCCGGGACCACCCACACACAAAAAUGUAUGCACGCAUGACUGUAAGUCGCUUUGGAUAAAAGCGUCUGCUAAAUGGCAUAUUAUAUUAUUAUUAUUACUAUAAGAAAGUACUUUGAUUGGCUAUUGAGGGGAACAAGGUUGUAUUACUUGUUACCUAGGUCACAGACUUGUUUUUGCAGACUUGGUUUACUUUAGGUCACUGUGACCACUUUCUUUACUUGACUUAUUUCUUGGGAAUGAUACCUUACUAUUUCUCUGAAUCUCUAUAUAACUUUAACUCUAUCUUCUAAUUCAAUUGAAUACCCAAACAUAUGCCUAAUGUGGUUGUUGUCCACAGGAGAACAUUUGUUUUUCUAUGAUCACAGUCACACAGGGCACUACAGUGGUUGCGUCCCAAAUGACACCCUAUUACCUAUAUAGUGAACUACUUUGACCAGAGCCCUGUUGGCCCUGUUGAAAAGUACACUCUUAGAAAAUAAGGUGCUUUCUAGAACCUAAAAGGGUUCUUCGGCUGUCCCGUUAGGAGAACCAUUUAAAUAACUAUUUUUGGUUCCAGGUAGAACCCUAUUUGGUUCCAUGUACUGUAGAACCCUUUUCCCGGAGGGUUCUACAUGGAACCCAAAAGAGUUCUACCUGGAACCAAAAAGGGUUCUACCUGGAACCAAAAAGGGUUCUCCUAUCGGGAGUGUAUGUAGUGCACUACAAAGGGAAUAGGGUGCCAAUUGGGAUGCACCCUUUAUCUCAUGCUCCUCUCUAACUCGCUCAGAAACCAUGUCACACAAGAUAUUGUACAUUGUAUGAGAGAUCCAGUUAUUCUGUGGGUCAGAUAUAAUAUUUUCCUGGAAAACCCAAUGUUCAGCUCACACAUCAGCAAUGCAUUCGUCAUGUUAUUCCUACAUACACAUUUUCAGUCAUAUAACAUUGCAUUCCACUCACCACAUGGGAAUGAUUGAUAAAACAUUCUUGGAACACCAACAAGAAAGUUGAGAAUAUAUAAAAACGUGAUGCACUGAACAUUAGCUAGUCUGUGAGUAGAAUGGGUGUCAGUCUAUACCCCAGAUUAGAAUAUUAGUUUGGUAACUAAUUCCUUAGUAAAAGGGGCAAUUUGGGAUUGGUACAUACAUUUUUGGACUUUUAAAUCAAUGAUAUAUAGACUGCUUUGUUGUUGUUUGAAUCCCAGAUUGUCCCCUUAAAGGUUUUUACAUAAUCCAAUACCUUAUCAACUACGUUCCAUAACUAUUCACUUGUGCCUGCAUGUAUUAUCCUAUAAGGUAUCUAAUAUGUUAUAAGCACGUAUCUUGAAACGCAAUCAAAAGAUGCCUUAUAGGAGGGUUUUUGCCCAAUGCUUUGUUGGGCAACAGAGUGCAGUUGCAUAGUAGAGAGAAUCCAUGUUAGAGUGCACCCAUAGAGUGCAAUUGCACAAUAAUGCUGUGCCUUCACAAACUGUCCUAGCAGAGCUCGGAGAACACUCAUGAGGACAAAGAUCCCAACGUGGAUGAAAACGGGAACACCACCUCUCUUCGUCAGAGCCCAGGGGUACGAAUACCAUAUUUUCACCCCUAAAACUUCAUAGUCAAAAUCUCAGGGCAUUUACUACGCUACUCAGGGCAUUUACUACUACUACGCUAACAUUAAUCUUCACAUCCAAAGUUCCAAACAUGCCUUUAAAUGUUUACAAAUGUCUUGUUGUAUGGUUAUAUGGGCCUUAUGAAGGCAUGUUGUAUGGUUAUAUGGGCCUUAUGAAGUCAUGUUGUAUGGGUUUAUGGGCCAAACGCAUGCCUUACAUGUCAUGGUAUCUUUUCCCUUAUUGAUAGGCUUGUUAUGUGUUGUAGUUUUGUAGUUUUGUAGUUUUUAACAUGGACUCUCUCGUCCUUCCUUUGCCAUUUGCAGGUCAUAUACUAUGUAACUGGGCAGAUGUCCAAAGACCAGCCGCCACCCCUGGACCCAGUGGAGGAGGCUCCUGAAUGCAGAGACAACCCAACACUGUCCCCCUCACAGGUGUCAAAUGUGAAUGCUAAUGACAAUUCCCCAAGCCAGCAGCCACAGCGGCCACAACCGAAACCCCAGCAGUUAGGGCCACCAAUAUCUCCCAAGCCUCUUUUCUUGAAUUGUCCCAGCCCUCUGUCUCAGAAACAGGUGGUGAGCUCAGAGUCAUUGAAGACCAGCCCAGGAGUGGUAAAAGGGGUUCUGGAAAGCCCAUUGGCCAACACUGUAGAUAAGCCUCAGAUAAGCACAGUCAAGAGGCUUGAGUCCUCAGUCUCCUCAGUCGUCCAGGAGUCCAGCAUUUCACUUAGUAAGAGUGUUGUGUUGCCUGCUGCAUUGCCUAAAAUCCCUCCACCAAUCACCAUAAGAGAGGCUCCUAAGGCAGUGGUGUCUCCCCCAGAGAAGGCCCUUAGUGAGGCCACCGAUCAGCCCAGAGAUCAGCCCAGACCCAAGUAUGAAGAGGUGGAAGAGGAGGCCUUUCUGAGCCCUGACCUCCCUGCUGAGGAAGCCCCUCCGCCCCCAGACAACAUCGCCUUCAUGAUCACCAACACUAAGGUCCAGGCCCUGUCCUGUGGGGAAUACCAGGAGCUGGUCAAUGCCAAACGGGGCAUCCAGACCGUGACCGUGGGCGGGGGACCUGGGAACCGGGAGAUGACCCACACCACUCCGGGCGGCGAUGGCAGCAGCUUGGUGGGGUCGCAGGACGACAGCUUCAACAACAAGAAGCCGGUCAUCAUCAUCUUUGACGAGCCAAUGGACAUCCGCUCGGCCUACAAGCGCCUGUCCACGGUGUUCGAGUGCGAGGAGGAGCUGGAGCGCAUGCUGGCCGCAGAGCGCAUCGAGGAGGAGGAUGAGGAGACGGAGGAGACAUGGUGGAGCAGCGGCGGACUGCAGGUAAAGGGGGGAGAGAGGGCGGCUGGUCCCACGGCCGUCAAGGCCCCCAGCGGCGCUCUUAGCUCUUCCAGUAGUAGCUUGUCGCACUCUUCCUCCUCGUCUUUGGAGCUCGCCGAGUCGUCCUGCGACAGCAAGCCAGACGGGAAGAAGAAGUUCAAGUUCAAGUUUCCCAAGAAGCAGCUGGCCGCUCUGUCACAGGCCAUCCGCACAGGCACCAAGACAGGCAAGAAGACGCUGCAGGUGGUCGUGUACGAGGACGAGGAGGAGUCGGACGGCACGGUCCGACAGCACAAGGAGGCCAAGAGGUUUGAGAUCAAAAGCCACUCCAAACCAUCUGCUCCUCCAACAGACACGUCACCCAAGGCCCAGGCUCCAGCUGUAGUAAGGCGGGAGCAUUCAGAUUCCCAAGGCAGGACGGACGAGAUCCGGAAGAGCACCUACAAGACCCUGGACAGCCUGGAGCAGACCAUCAAGCAGCUAGAGACCACCAUCAGUGAGAUGGGCCCCACAAGGCCCCACCAGGAGGAACCAGUGAGGAGUGCAACCAGCGUGGAUCCCCAGGCUGGGUGUGUCUCGAGUGGGGAGAGUGGAGGCCUGAAGAGGUCCUCAUCACUCCCUUCUAAGAGUUCACUCCCCAAGGUCCCCCAGCCCAUUAAGGCCUCCUCUCCGAGGAAGAAGACCAAACCUCAGCUCCUCCCCAGGCCAGCCGCCAUCCCCACCGCCACAAUCACCCCCAGCCAACAGGUCUCUUUCUAAGCUCUUGUCCCUCUGGAGGCUUUGGGUCCCUUUUUACUCCUCCCUCCCUCCCUUAACUCCAUCCUAACCACUGGGUUUACCAACCAACCACUCAUUAAUCACUUCCCAGGUGUUUUGGAAAUGACGGAGCCCUUCUCUGUUGCUUUCUCCCUCUAAGUGAUCAUGGUCCAACAUGAUUGGGGAGUGGCAUUUUCAAUGGGUCCCGUCCUCUGUCUCUCGUAUCUCUCCUUCAAUUGGCUGCUCAAACUCUAACCGGGGUUUCAGCAAGUGGCAGACUUUUAAUCACACAAUGAUACUCAAUGUUGAUUACACUUUUGGUUUCUUGAAUCGGUUGUUCUUGGACUGCAUUUACUGUAGGGUUGUACUUUUUGGUAUAGGCUACUACAGAACAGGCGGUGCAUGUGCUCUUACUGGUGUUAACGGUUAGUGGUAAUCUUGAACGAACAGGUUUUUGACCUGUCAUUGCCUUGCUUCUAUCAGUUUGUCAUACCUCCAAUAUGGUGUUGUUUUUUUCUUUCUUUUAUUUUCUUUCUUGUUUUGUUUCGUUUGGAUCCUCUUGCAGAACGCAACCAGUGUCGCUUCCCCUACUAGUCGGAUGCCAGUGCCCAUGUCUGCGAAGUCCAGGCAGUCGCCAGGGACUCCUACUGACAAAGCAGGAAAACAGCAAAAGCUACAGGACAGCGCUCAGAGGCAGUUCCGACAGGUAGUUUUACUAUAGGGCCUUACCAGGGACCAAAGGGACAACCAGGGAACAAACUUGUAUAGUAAACAUAGGGUAUAGAAAACAAGAGGCCUGUGUUAAGGGAAAAAAAUAUCAAAACAACCAAAGCUGUGAGAGUUCGUGUUUUGUUUAAAUGGGAUUGAGGUGGCCAUUUUGGUUUCUGUUUCUGUUUUCUCUCAAUCUGCUCUGACUGAAAGGCAUGUUUGACUCUUGCCUGUUACCCUUAUAACAUCACCGAAUGCUUCUGCAUGGUCCACACUGCUCAUGGCAGCUUUUGCUAUGUUGGUGACGAGAAAAAAUAAAAAAGAGAAAAGAAAAGAAAAGAGAAAGAAAAAAAGUCCACAUGCAUCCUGUCAUCGACUGAGUUCUCCAUCACAUCCCCAGUUUCCAUCACAGCUGAGUUCCUAAACAGUGAUGCCAAACAACCUCAGGAGGCUUUACUAAACCGAUAUUUCUGAUUAGCCACACUCCCUCCUACCCACAAUGCACCUCUACUAAACCCAAAAAGCCUACCUGAUACGCUCCUUUAUUUUCACAAUGCACAGCUACUAAACCACACUUUAAUACCCCUCCCUCCUAGCCUGCUGGAGCUAGCCUGAUCGCUGCGUUCACCAAUAUAUUUCACUUCAACAGAAUGGUGAAUGCAGGAAUCAGGCUGGUUCCACCAGGCUACCUCCGGCCCUUCUCUGAAGGAUGCUCUUCUACCACCCAUCUCUCCCCCUUGCACUUGCUGUACCAGUCAGUGGAAUAUUCACCCCUACUUUUCCAGAUAUCCACUUUUAUCUUUCCCACCCUCAAAAAGAUCCCCUCUUUUAUCUAACAUACUCCACCUUCCUCCCCAACCAAUAUGCAUCUCUGGUUUUUCCCUCCUCUCAGAAAGCUUGACAAUCAAUCUUAACACACAGGCAUCACCAAGCAGUGCCCCCUCCCACAUCUCAAACCUCCUUCCUUCAUCCCUCCUUUCAAUCUUUUCUUUCUCCUUUUUUAUUAACAGUGUGUUUCUCAGUUACCUCAAGUAACCCAGUCAAAAUAGACACUGUAGCUAGUUUGAGCCUUUUUGUGUGUCUUUUAGUUCUCUUAGUAGCAAUAUGUUUGUUUCUGUGAUUGUUUCUUGUCUAGAACUUUAGUUAAGUCAAUGUUGUCUUGCCUUUUUUUUGUUUUUUUUUGUUACUUUAAUAACCAGUUCCCAUUUUGACAACCAGUCUUUGUUUUGGCAUCUCUGUUUGCAGGCUAAUGGAAGUGCUAAAAGAGCGGGAGGGGAUCAUAAAACUACUUCCCCUACUAUACCUGCCUCUAAAAUUCCUGCUUUUUAUCCUAGCUCUGGUAAAGGCAGCUCCUCCCAGUCUGCUACAAACUCAGAUGCUACUAACCCUAUUAACCUUUCCUCCUCUUCCAACUCCUCCUCUCCCCCCCUCCACACCACCAAGUCCUCCAUCCCAUCCCCUUACGCCCCCCGCCACCCUGGCUCGGCCCUCCCCACCUCCUCCCACAUCCCCUCCCUCUCUAACGGUUCCUCCCUCAAACUCCCCACGCCCUCUCACACAGGUAAAACUCUCUCGUUCUCCUCGCAGACUCAAAACGGCCGAGCACCCUCCUCCUCCUCUUCCUUCUCUUCCUCCUCCCCCUCCCCUCUGUCGCCCACCCCGUUGGGCCCGGGUGUGAAGAGCAUCCGCACCAUACACACCCCCAGCUUCACCAGCUACAGGCCCCAGAACGGCAGCAGCGGCAAAUCCUGCAUCCCAACCACCACAGCAGCCAAGGACUCCACUUAG